UUGUGUUUCUCCAGACAGAGAUUACGCCUUAUCCGUUCCAGCUUAUAGCUGUUGAAGUAAUCUCUGUUCUGCCUCUCUCUCUCCCCCGAGUUCUUUAAGCUCUGCAUCAAUGGCGUCUCUCUCAGCAACUUCUCUUAGCUUCAAAUCUUUAUCCGUACAACCCAAAAGAAUCUCCCAGGUGGUGUCGGGAGAAGCCUCGAUUUUUCGGUCCGUCUCUUUUGGAUGCACAAAGGGUCGUUUCCCGUAUUCGAAGAAUCUCCGUCUUCAAGUCUCUUGUGCAGCAAAAGCCGAAACCGUGCAGAAAGUAUGCGAUAUCGUGAGGGAGCAACUCGCAUUGCCCGCAGAUUCUGAGCUCACUCCCGAGUCCAAGUUCUCGGCCCUUGGCGCCGAUUCUCUCGACACCGUGGAGAUUGUGAUGACAUUGGAGGAAAAGUUUAAGAUAAGUGUGGACGAAUCUGAUGCUCAGAACAUAACGACGAUCCAAGAAGCUGCCGAUUUGAUAGAGCAGCUAGUCGACAAGAAACCCUGAACCAAACCGAUCGUCGAUACCCGGCUAACCGGGAAAUUGAACCGGCGGUUUUGGUUUGUAACCUUUUCGUUUUUGGUAUUCUUUGGGAUGCAAGAUUUUGAUUGGUGAGGAAUCUAUGAACAAUCUUUUGGGAUGUUUGGAUGCUUCUCUGUGCU